UUGCCCGAUUGAUUUCGUGAGAUUGGGUCGGGUUUUCGCCGACAGUUUUUUAUUAAAAUAAAAAUAUCGGCCGAGCUUGCUGUUGAUUUAUCGUUUGAAUGAACAGCAGAUCAAUCGAAGUUACCGUCCUUUCCAAUAAUAGUAAAAAUGCGCACAAAUUUUACAUAAUUUUAGUUAAAUAACUUUGGAUAGUUUUAUACAAUAAAAUAUAAAUCGCGAGAAAUUGUAAAGGUAGGCGUCCAUCAUGAGACUUUAUUAUGUAUUGUUGUACGUGUGUGUUGUGAGUGCUGGUGAGGAGCCAGAGGAGGAGGUUCAUAGGAGGAAGAUUAUCGAGCAGUUGACCAGGACUCGGACUGUUUUGCUGGAUGAUUACCACUUGGUGACCAGGCAGGUCGCCACCGAUGUAUAUAUGUAUAGAAGCUACCGCACAGUUUCCGUUGUGUUUUACCCCGUGAUGAGGGGGGUCACCGACGCGCGCUUUACGUUCCAAUCGGAGGAGAUGCACUUAAAUAAUAUUGGGUCUUGCAGCCCCCAAGAGGUGAUAGUCAAUAUCAAGCAUGGCUCGUAUCCAGCAGUAAAUCCCGAUGGGUACGACUUCCCCCCAUUCUUCGUGGAUCCGGCUACUCGGGAGAACAUUCAUACCCUAGAACUGCUUUCUGAUGGUCUGAACAGGACCUAUUCGAUUACUAACCCAAGACCUGGAAACUGGUACGCCCUGGUGUACAUCAAAUGGGAGGACCCGAGGACACAGAAGGUUGAGCAACAAGGCUUGGUUGCGGACUGCCAAACAAUAUUAUACACAGAUUUACAAGUGAAAAGAGAAGACUCCAUCGAACUAAUAGACUGCCACGAUAACCUAACUUUGGAUUACUCGGAGAUACCGAUUUAUUUCAAAUGCAUAACCGUAGAUAGCCCACUGCCAUUAAGAUUGAAUGUAACAGUUCUAAAUACUCCCGAAGACAAUAAACAGGUGACCUUUAAAGUGCAGGCGCUGUCUCUGCCGACAGAAGAGAGCAACUUGGUGCACUGCGCGUUCGAUUCGAAAGAGAGCAAGGUACAAACGAUAUCGUUCACACCGCACCCAGUUGCGUGGCACUAUAUCCGCAUCGAGCUCAUAGACAAUGCCUCAAGAGUGGCAGAUUGUGAGUCCUACUACAUGCGCACAGAUUUAGAAGAAAUAGACAAUAAUACCAUUUUCGAUCUUAUGCGCGAUGACAAAGGACGUUUCUUCACGUUCAACUACGGACUCCCAACCACAGACUUGCAAGACGCGACGAGUCUGAUCAACGUCACAGCAGGCGAAAUAAAGAGCGUGAGGUUCAAGGUCAACCAGUUCCUCGAUAUCGGAGGGAGUCUACAAAUCGAAGCCAGUCUGCUUAUGAGCCUGAAGUAUUACAUGGGAUAUAAGAGAGAGGUGCACAAAGGUUCUCUCCUCGCAUUCACUGAAGACAACCAGUUCAUCAGGGCCGUUAUUUGCAUGGAUAUCGGCCACCCCAGUAUUCCUCUUGAUACUGGUCAUUGCAAGUACAACGAUCAAGUCAAGCCGGCGUUAUUCAUCCUGAACAGUACAGACUCUGAAACCAUAUACGACAAGAUUAUAAUUCCGUUCCCGGACAGCGGGACGUGGUAUCUGACGCUGAGGAUAUUCUGCGACCAGGUAGUGUGUCCUUGUCCUACUUCGGAUAAUGGGACUAAGUAUUACGUGUCUGAUUCGUUAGACGAGGAGGAGGUAGUGGACGAUAGCAUUGCAUCUUGGGAUAAUACUCGACAGGGCACGUCAGACUGCAACACUACGAUAGUGCUGUCGGUGUCUUCGACCUCGUGCGUCAGCGGCCGCUGCAGCAACCACGGCAGCUGCUUGCUGAACACUUUCGGGGGACUGGUGAUGUCAUUCUGUUCUUGCUCUGCUGGAUACGGAAAUUGGGACUGUUCGGACGACUCGAGGAUGGACAGCAGAGUGUAUAUGCUAGUCUCCGUGCUAUUACUGACGCUGAGCAAUCUUCUCUUCUUCUUCUCCAUUUACGUCGCCGUCAUACGUCUCUACUAUACGGAGGCCAUGAUGUAUACAUUCACGAUGUUGUUCUCGACGUUCUACCACGCGUGCGAUGCGCCUGCGCAAGUGGCUUACUGCAUCGUGAGAGGUAACAUUCUUCAGUUCGGAGAUUUCUACUGUGGUUUAAUGUCCUUCUGGGUCACUUUGCUCGCCAUGAGCAUCGUCGGCGACAAAUUCAGAUCCACAUUCCAACUCAUCGGCGCCAUCGUCAUAGCUUUACUCACGACAUGGAACAUGCAUUCGUUUUUCUCAUUCGUCUUCCCUGUCGCCGUGGGCUGUGUCGUCCUGUUUCUAUCCUGGUACCUAGAUUACAGAAAGAACGGGAUCAUGAAGUACCCCAAGUCGUAUUACACUAUUUACAUGCCCAUGGGUAUAGUAUUGGUGACUGUGGGUCUAGUUUGCUACGGGUUUCUUCAAACGGAGCAGAAUUAUAAAAUUGUGCACUCGGUUUGGCACAUGAUAAUCGCGUUGAGUGUCGUAUUUCUACUGCCAGACGUGAAGAGGACUGAGGACACCAACCCGUUCGUUCCAAGCCCAAACUCUUGCCGACUGCCUUUUUGCAGGGUCUUCCACCGAUCUCAGGGCAUUGGCGCGAACUGAAUCCUCUGAACGUCUUUAGAUUAUGAUCAAGUACACAAAGGUGCAAUUAGUCUAGUAUGUAAGUUUUAAAUGUCACAAGAAGCGUUUUUUCAGCUAGUCAUCCACGAGUACAGAAGAGAUUGUAGUGUUUUCCACAUGUUUGUAAUAAUGUGUGCUCUUUUUUGUAACUUUUAUAAAAUAGUCAAUGUAAUAUACACAUGACAAUAGUGGAAUAGGGUAAUUAUAACGUCUGAAACAAUGCAAGAAGACUGUAAUCUUAGGAUUUCAAUUUUUUCUCUUAAACUAGGACGUAGCAAAAUUAGGCAUAAUAUUUAUUACGCCCCAAGAAUUAAGUAUUAAUGAUUGUUUCACGAUUGAUACUACCAAUACUCAGUUGAACUAUUUUCUGCCAUAAUUUGUAAUGGUUUGUUCCCCAUAUUAUUAUUAUGUGACUUGAAUUUAGUAUUAUUACCAAAUAGUUUAAUGUAAGUCAUAGAGUAAGAAUCUUCAUAAAUCGAGGUAGGUAAGUUGUAUGUAGGUUCUACCUGUUCACUAUAUUCUGUUGAUCUAUACUUAUAAAACAUUUGGAUUAUAAAUUCAUGAACCCACGAUUUUAUUAAUUACUACAGUUGAAACUACAAUACUCACUUCUAUACUAAUAACUCAAAAACUAGGUACAAUAACUUAAUAUGCAAAUGGCAGGUGCUAUAUUGAAGUAAACCACCUUUAUGGACUGUAUUAUGAAAUAACCCUCUAUGAAUAAAUCUACAUUUAAUAAUAUCGUCUCAGAAUAGGGAACUAGAAGUACAUACAUUGGAAAACCAUAAUCAAACCUCAAUUAUGGAUUUAAGCCUCUGAUUAGUUGAGAAAAUAUACAUUUUGAGUGUAGAUUUAUACUUCAAAGUUAGUUUCAUAAUACCUUCUUUCUGAGGCAGCCUGUAUAAUUUAUAGUUCUUGUUACAUUUAUAUAAUAGUAGAUUUUUUUUUUCUACCUAUACCGAAGUUGGCCCCAUAUUGGAUUUAGGUAGGUAGUAUUGCAUUUAGAGCCAUUUAGGUAGUACAUUCCGUUGAUUACUAUUAAAAUACGUAUAUAGUUUUAGUAGGUAUGAUCUAGAUUUCCAUUUAUGCCUUAUUUGUAUGAAUUUUAGUACAAUAUUAAUUUAUAAUAAUAUGAAAUUAUAAAAUUAACUUUAUUAUUACUAUGUAAUAUAGUUACCAAUAUAUUUUAAAUAUGUGUUAAAAUGUUCUAUCAUAUUGUUUAGUAUCUCAAGUAAGGUGCCUUAUAUUGUCCACUAUCAUCUUAACGAACAAAUAUUAUGAAAUAAUAAAGUUUUGUGCCAUUACUAAGUAAUUUCAAGAUAAUUGUGAUCAUAAAAUUAGACUAUUAAAAUGAUAAUAUACUUCUAUUUUAUGAGUGCAUACCCUCGAAAAUUCUUGAUAAUUAUAAUUUUGUUAACUUACCUUCUUCCAUAUUUUUGCUAUUUAAAUUUCCAAAGUAGUGUGUGUACUUUCUAAACACAAAAGGAAUCAAUUUCAAUGUCAAAUUAUAUUAAGGGCUGAUUUUUCAAUCGUCGGAUAACUUUUAUCUGAAGAAUAAAAUUGUCAUUUUGACAUAUUUCCCAUACUGAAACUGUCAAUGUGCCAAACUUAUUCUUCAGUUA